AUGAACUACAUUAUCAUGUGCUUGAAUGAUGAUGACUUAAAUCCCUCUUGUUACAUAUUUGCAUCAGGAAUGUUUAAUGAUUUCUUAUACAAAAGUAGUGAAGCUGAACUUAAGCUAAUAACAGAUAUAGAUGAGUACUUGAUAGUUGAGAAAAGCAUUAGUAGAGAUAUGACAAUUGCAAGUUACUGUUAUGCCAAAGCUAAUAAUCCUAAAUAUGUGAUGACCCAAUAUAUGCCUAUAAAAAUAUUGAGAAAAGUAAGCCCAGAACAGGUUCUGAACAUACAAACAUCAGAAAAACAGAUAGUUCCAAAAGAAUGA